AUGGAGGAGGAGCUGUACCAGACGUAUAGAGCCGACUGCCUCGCUCUCCAGGUCGCCAUUGCGAAGGCCAAGCAGGGAGCGUGGGAGGAGUGGCUCCAAACGCUGGAGGAGGACCCGUGGGGCAGGCCGUACCGAGCGGUGCGGAAGAAGCUUCGACCCUGGGCUCCACCGAUAACAACUACGAUGGAGCCACAGUUGGCAGAGGAGGUCGUCGGGGCUCUCUUUCCGCACCGGGUAGGGUCUGCCUUGCCGGCGGAGGAGGAAGGAGAGGCGGUCAACGAUGAGGUGGAGCCGGUGUCCGAGCAGGAGGUGACGGGCUCCGCCUCAAGAAGACCGCCCCCGGGAUGGACGGUGUGCCUGGUCGGCUGCCUUAAGAAGGGCCGGUUCCCCAGCUCGUGGAAGGAAGGUAGGCUCGUCCUUCUGAAGAAAGACGACCGCCCGCCCGACCAGGCAUCGGCGUACCGGCCGAUUGUGUUGCUCGGCGAGCCGAGUAAACUCUUCGAGCGCGUGCUCGUUGCUCGUCUCGCCGAGCACAUACAUCUGUGCGACGCGCAGUUCGGAUUCCGCUGUGGCCGGUCGACCAUCGACGCGGUGUCCCGACUCAAGGGCCUAGCCGAGGAGGUAGUCGCCCAGGGCGGCGUGUUGGUGGCUGUGUCGUUGGAUAUUUCAAACGCCUUCAACACGCUGCCCUGGACGGCGGUGAUGGAGGCACUGCAGCACUUCCGUGUUCCGGGUCACCUGUAA